GUUGUACAUGCAGAGCGCUGAUUGGGCAGCACGUUAGGGGCGGGGCUGAGCGUCCUCGCUGCUUCCGGUUUGUAGUGAUGUAUAGCGUGGACAUGGACGAGCGGUGCGGCUGCAGCUGAUGGUUACACAAUGGCUGUGUGGUACUGGGGAGCGUGCGCACUGUAGGCUUCUAGUUUAUCCGGUUCCAAGUGUAAACACAAGAUGGCAGGUCGCAGGAAACGUGCGCCUCCAGUCAAACUGGAUGAUGGAGCAAAGAAACAACUGUCUUGGAACAUGCAUGAAGACAGGAGGAAUGACGUAACACUAGAGGAGGAUGGGGGACCUGCUGCACUAGGCACAUCUUUUUCUUUAAUAAAUGAUAGUACUGAGACAUUGUUAUCCACAUGUGAGACAGAAGGCCCAAGUACACAACCACAAAAAGAAGAGAGUAAAGACAUCAAGGCCCCAUUUUCUGUUGAUCUUAAUCUGAUAGUUUUGCCUGGUCCUCAUGAUGAUGGCUUCUGGAGAGCUUUGCUCGGUAUAUUCAGUCUUCAUGUUUCAUCUGGAAAAUAUAGUGCUGCAGAUUUUCAUGAGUGUAGUUUUACAUUGACUAGUUCUUCUUCCUUACCCGCUCAGCUUUUGCUUUGUGUGCGUGAAUCAGAUGUAGAUGAUGAAGGGUCUAACCAAGACUCCAGCAAAAUGUGUGCAGAACAAUUUCUUGAAGUUGAAACUUCACUUGAUGGUCACAUGAUGGGAGACCUGAUGUGGUUGCAGAAGAAGAAGCUUAUUGCACUUCAUCAAAGGACAACCCAACAUAAUGAGCUUGAGGUUGGGAUCUAUUUGUUAGAAGCCUGUUUAUCCAAACCAGAAUUUCUCAGUGAAGGACACAGAAGAAUGAAGAAAUCUUGUCUUAUUUUUCAAAAGCUGAUGGAAAAGUUCUAUAACUUCACAAUACCAGAUAUAUCGGAUGAUGAUGAGGAAGAGUCAGACCAAGAUCUGGAGAGACAAAAUAUUGAAGAACUUUAUGAGUAUGUCAGACAGACUCAUCAACAAGAAGAAAAAGUUCUGCAAGAAGAUGUGCAGCAUCCAGCCCUAAUACCCGUCCUAAGACCAUACCAGAAUGAAGCCGUCAAUUGGAUGCUGCAGAGAGAGAACUUCAACAAUGUGCCUUCUAGUGAAAGUGCACUGCAUCCAUUAUGGAGAGAAGUCACAACAAUAGAUGCUAGAAAAAUCUUCUUUAACCCCUUUUCUGGAAGUAUAAUCCGUGAACGUCCCGCUGCUGCCCAUGAGCGGCCUGGAGGUAUUCUUGCAGAUGAAAUGGGUCUGGGGAAGACAGUGGAAGUUUUGAGCUUGAUCCUUUGUCAUCCUAGAAAAGAUUUUAAAGCGGACUUGCUGACGUUACCUGAGGGGAAAACCGUAAACUAUUUCAUCCCACCACCACCCACGGAAAAGAAAGACAGCGUAGUGGACAACAGGAAGACGUAUCCCAGUGUACGGGUCAUGGUUUUAGCCGCAAUUAAGGAAAUGAGUACGGGCAAAGGUGUGUCCACAAUCGGCAUCCUUAAAUAUGUGAGCUCCAUCUAUAGAUACAAUAUGCAGAGCAACCAUCGACUGCUCAAAAAGACCUUGGUUAAGCUGCUUUCCAAAAAGAUAGUGGAACAGGUUAAAGGUCGGGGACUCCAAGGAUCCUUUAAACUGGGGGUGAAUUAUAAAGAACAGAUGACUCGAGAUAAACCUUCAGUCCAAAAAUUGAACACACGAUCUUCCAACAGGCUGCAAAGUAGUAGGAAUAAACUCAGGGAAAACGGUGAAGUCCCUUCUAAGACCGAUGCUGAUCUAAAUGUCUUGUCAAAGGAUCAUGACUACUGUGCACUGAACAAAACAAGUACUCCAGAAAAACCGCUACAAGGUUGUACUACAGAUAGUGGAACUCCAAAGCGAUUGGACACCUUGCAUCCUGUGACAGAUGAGCAGUCUACCACUGCUAGCAACAGCUCUUGUGUUGAAUCUACUGAUUUAGUAACAAAUCAAGAUGACAUGGAACUCAUCUAUCAGGAAAUGGACUGCCAUGACAGUCCUGUCUUCCCUAUUAAUACCUCUGAUUACCGUUUUGAAUGUAUUUGUGGUAGUCUCAGGUGUCCUGACCUCAAGGACCGAGUACAAUGCAUGCAGUGCCAUCUGUGGCAACACGCGGAGUGUGUAAACUAUAAAAGGGAAAGCAUCAACACCACACCUUUCUAUUGUCCACACUGUCUAGUUGCAAUGGACCCUGUUCCAACAGGAGCAACAUUGAUCAUUUCUCCCAGUUCCAUCUGUCAUCAAUGGGUUGAUGAAAUUAACCGCCAUGUUCAAUCGUCCUCCCUUCAUGUCAUGGUAUAUCAAGGUGUUAAGAAACAUGGCUUCCUACAACCUCAGAUGUUAGCAGAGCAAAAUGUAGUCAUAACCACAUACGAUGUUUUGAGAACAGAGUUAAAUUAUGUGGACAUUCCUCACAGCAAUAGCAAAGAUGGACGCCGAUUUCGGAACCAAAAGCGCUACAUGGCAAUACCAAGCCCACUUGUUGCUGUGGAGUGGUGGCGGAUUUGUUUAGAUGAAGCACAAAUGGUGGAAUGCACAACAGCAAAGGCCGCUGAAAUGGCUCUGCGGUUAACAGGGGUGAAUCGGUGGUGUGUGAGUGGAACCCCAGUACAGAGGGGCUUGGAAGAUUUAUUUGGACUAGUGCUCUUCCUUGGAGUGGACCCAUACUGGGUAAAACACUGGUGGGACCAGCUUCUCUACAGACCAUAUUGCAGGAGGAAUCCUCUUCCGCUAUAUUGUCUUAUUGCCAAAAUUAUGUGGAGAUCUGCCAAAAAAGACGUAAUCGAUCAGAUUCAAAUCCCAGAACAGACAGAAGAUGUUCAUUGGCUUCACUUCUCACCAGUGGAGAGACACUUCUAUCAUAGGCAGCAUGAAGUUUGCUGUCAAGAUGCUCUAGCAAAGCUUCGAAAGAUCUCAGAUUGGUCUCUCAAACUUAGUAGCUUAGACAGACGGACUGUAUCUUCCAUCCUAUAUCCCCUGCUAAGACUAAGACAGGCUUGUUGUCACCCGCAGGCUGUACGCGGGGAAUUCUUACCAUUGCAGAAGAGCACAAUGACAAUGGAAGAACUGCUGACUUCUCUUCAGAAAAAAUGUCGGACUGAGUGUGAAGAGGCUCAUCGCCAGCUUGUCUGUGCUUUCAAUGGUUUGGCUGGAAUCCACAUCAUUAAAGGUGAGUACCCUAUGGCUGCCGAAUUGUAUAGGGAAGUUUUAAGGUCAUCAGAAGAACACAAAGAAAAACUAAAGACUGACUCUUUACAAAGACUACACUCCACACACAACCUGCUUGAGUUACUCUCUGCAAAGCAUCCUGGGAUCCCACCAACCUUGCGCGAUGACAAGCUGGAAGAAGAGAUAAAAGAACUUAAAGAACAUUACAUGAUCAAAUCGAAUGCAGAGGUGUCUGAGGCUCACCAAAACCUGCAACCAGUCCUGCAAAAUUUACGUGAACUGCAAAGAAAGGUUAACUUCUCCUCUCCUUGGUGGAUUGAUGUGAUUCAGCAUGCUAUCCAGACUGCCAGUGAUGAGGAUCUUGUUCAACGUGUGCAAAAUGAAAUCACUGUUAACUAUAAACAGCAAGGGAACACGUUAUCAAUGGCAGAUAAAUUCCGAGACUGCAGAGGGCUUCAGUACAUUGUUACUUCUCAAAUGGAAGAAGUGAGAAAGUGUCAGAAGCAAGUCAGAGAGGCAGUGAAGAACCUGGAGGGUCCCCCGUCUCAAGAGGUUAUCCAGACUGCAUCAGUUUGCCACCUUAGAGUUGGCCGGCUGCCACUCCAUAUCUGUGUCUUUUGUAAAGCUGAUGAAUUAUUCACGGAGUAUGAGUCAAAACUCUUCUUUCAUACAGUGAAAGGACAAACUGCUAUUUUUGAAGAAAUGAUUGAAGAAGAAAAUGGGUUGGUGGAUGAUCGUCUGCCUAAAACUAGCCGAGGCCUGUGGGCAGCCAGUGAGUUGGAACGCUCUUUGAAAGCAGUACUGUCAUUUGCUAGAAGUCACCGCAUGGACCCCUGGCUUCUUGAAGAAGGCACGUGCUUUAUGGAGCUAUUUGAGGCAUGGAAAAAAGAAUAUAAGUUACUUCAUGAAUACUGGAUGGUCCUACGUAAUCAUGUGUCUGCUAUAGAUGAGCUGUCAAUGGCAACUCAGCGUCUCAGAGUCAGACUUCCUGAUGAACCCAAGCCUAACCCUCCUGUUCUUCACAUCAUUGAACCACACGAGGUUGAGCAGAAUCGCGUCAAGCUGCUUAAUGACAAAGCUGUUGGCAAGUCACAGUUACAGAAAAAACUGGGUCAGCUCCUUUACCUUACAAAUUUAGAGAAGUCUCAGGAUAACACCAGUGGAGGAGUGAAUCCAGAGCCUUGUCCAAUAUGUGCAAGAAAUCUGGGGAAGCAGUGGGCAGUCCUGACUUGCGGCCAUUGCUUCUGCAAUGAAUGUGUAGCAAUUAUCAUCGACCAGUAUAGUGUUGGGACCAGAAGAAGUGCUAUUAAAUGUGCCAUAUGUAGACAGACCACAUCGCACAAAGAGAUCUCAUAUGUUUUCACAAGUGAGGCUGCCAGUGAAGAGAAGGACAUCCCAGUAAAGGGGAGCCAUUCCACAAAAGUUGAGGCAGUUGUCAGAACUCUUAUGAAAAUCCAGUCUUUGGAUCCAGGUGCAAAAUCUCUGGUCUUCUCAACAUGGCAAGAUGUAUUGGAUAUUAUAGCAAAAGCUCUGCAAGACAAUGGGCUGGUGUUCUCGCAGAUCAAUGGGAUACAGAAGUUUCAGGAAAAUCUUUCAGCAUUUAAAUAUGAUCCCAAGAUCAACAUUUUACUUCUUCCAUUACACACUGGCUCCAAUGGGCUAAAUAUUAUUGAGGCUACCCAUGUGUUGUUGGUAGAGCCUAUUUUGAACCCAGCACAUGAACUUCAAGCAAUAGGUCGUGUGCACAGAAUUGGCCAAAAAAAGGCUACAAUCGUUCAUCGAUUUCUGAUUAAAGCAACAAUAGAAGAAAGAAUGCAAGCAAUGUUAAAGACAGUGGACAGGAGUCAUACAAGUACAUCUAUGAAACAGUCUGAAGCCUCCGUCCUGACUGUAGCUGACCUUGCUGACCUGUUUGCAGAAGAGAGAGAACUCGAAUAACUCGGAAAAAUUGAUCUGCCGCCAAGAGACAUUCCCUGAACAUAGCGCCUAUAGUAUGCACUUAUAGGACCACCAGGGACUAUGGGUAUAAGACAAAGUGUUGUAACUAUAUUCUCUGCAGAAGUCCGUUAUGUUUGUAUUGGUGAAACGUUCUUAAAACACUAUUCAUCUGUUAGCAAUAUUUUCUAUUCCAUGGACUUAUUUGUAAGUCUGCAUUGGAAAUUUUAGGGAAAGACUUGCUUUUUAUGUAAAGUUAAAGGGCCAUGGCUCUUUAUGAAAUUUUCCAUGCCCUUUUUAACAAAGCCUAAAGGUGCAACCAAGAAAGAGAUGAAUUGAUUGUAACAAAGUGAUAUUAGAUCAACAAUGACAUUUCUGAAAUAUUUUAUUGAUUUAUAUAACUGCUAUACAUGUGGUUUGUUUUAUGAUUUUGUCCAAUGCCACAGUUAACAGUUUUUAAAGCUUAUUUUUAAGUACCGCUAAUAUUGAAUUUACUUGAAAGCAAAAAUUGUCGCUUGUUUCAAACAACUUCCAUCCAUUUUAUGAGAUACCACUGCGUAUCUCACUUCCUGCAAACUGCUGUCCACUGCCUGUUUGAGGAAUUCCACCCUUAGCAGGAGAGAGACCAGGACGGUCUAAAUAGUGGAGGCUUCCUGCUGUGCUAAACACAGUGCAUGUGUUCUUGCUUGCCUUGUCUGAAAGGUAAAACAAGGCUUCCCUCUUAUCUCUUACUACCCAUGUAGUUCUGGGCAUUGUCACACAGUGCUGCCUCCUGAAUGUUAUUCCUCUGACAGCAUGUCAUCAUUAUUUUUAGCAGCAAUCACCCUCUACCCUUGCUGUGAUCCUAAUGGAUCUGUUACAGUUUAUCCUUUUGCUCGUAUAGCGCAAUGCAAACCCAGUACAUCAGUAUCCACCUUCUCCCUGCCAAAUGCACUUUCUCCAGCACACUGGCAUUGACUGGCUGCAGGGUCUCAUGCACAAUGUAGUGACGUCACCAGGGCAUCUCCGCUGGGGACCUUGAAGCAGCAGUAGCACUUAUUGAGAGGCGAGUAGAGGGAUAAGUAUGUUUUGUUUUUUAAUUCCCACCCAUCCAAAGAUUUUAUUAUUACAAAAGGAAAACAUGUUACUUCCUGUUUUCUUUCUGGUGGCCUUAUUCUCUAGUCCAGGGAUUCUCAAACAGGGAGCCUCCAGCUGUUGCAAAACUGCAACUCCCAGCAUGCCUGUAGUGUAUGCAGUUUAAUGAUUGCAUGUAAUAGUCCCCUAUGGAGACAAAAAAAAGCAGUAGUUAAUAAAUGUGAUUUAACCCCUUCCCUAAUAAAAGUUUGAAUCAAUCCUAUUUUCCCGUAAAAAAAAAAAAAUUGUAAACAAAAAUAAACAUAUGUGGUAUUGCCGCAUGCAUAAAUGUCCGAACUAUAAAAAUAUAUUGGUAAUUAAACCACAUGGCCAACAUAUACGUAACGUCUACGUAAAAAAUUACCAAAGUCCAGAAUUGCAUAUUUUGGUCACUUUGUAUAAAAAGCAAUCAAAAAUUCCCAUCAAAACAAAAAUGAGCCCUCAUAUAGCUCCGUAUAUGGAAAAAUAAAAAGUUAUAGGGGUCAGAAGAGGACACUUAAAGGAGUACUCUGAUGCAAAAAA